AUGAGCUCUGUUUCGAGGUUACGAUAUAGUUGUUCGUUUUCAGUAAUUGCAAUGCCAUCACUUUUGGGAUCACGUUCAGGCUCUACGGUAAUGCACCAAAUACCACGACAGGUUAAAAAAGUCUCAGUACCUAUAGUACCCGACAUUACUACUCAGAAGUACGAGAUGUAUGAAAUGAAGAAUGUUAUUAGACAGGAGACAGUGACAGAGGACUUUUACGAACUGGAACAUUCUGUUAUGUUGCAGCAAAGGAAUGGCUUAUUGGAAUGCGGAAAAUAUAGUAAAAAUACCAAAUCACUGACAAAUCAUAUACCAUGCACUAGCACGACAACACUGAUGUUCCCUUCAAGCUUCUGUUUCGGCGACGAUUCAUAUUCUGUGCGUUCGAUGCUCAGCAAAAGGAAAGAUUGUUCUAUGAACGUGGAAAAACAGUGCCAGGAGAAUUUAAUUAAUCUAUCACCAUCCUCAUUACUUUCUUUGAAACAACGAUCCCUUUAUGUUAAUGGACGAUAUUCUAAUGAUUUGUCUUAUAAUGGAUGCCAUCGGAAUUCAGCCGAUUCUAGUUCAAGUUAUAGCAGUUCUGGUUUUGAAAGUAUGAAGUGUGGUUCUUCGCAUGUUUGUUCAGCAAUUGGUGCUCAAGAUGCUAUUGUUAGUAAUUCUGCAGUUUUAAGAACUUCAUCUACAAUAUAUGGAUCGUCAUCGGGCCUAUUACUGAACAGUUCGCAAUCACGUCUUUCAAUACAGAGCAGUAUUAGUGGUGAUGCUUCUUUAGUCAUAAAUAAUAUGGCAAACAUAUUCGACCAUUCAGGAUCUGAACGUUUGCAUGAAGAUCAUUUAAAGGAUAUUAUUAGAUUAUCGCUUUCUGACAUAAUGAUCGAAAGAAUGUCGGAAGCAGAAAUUUUGGCAUUGUGGCUGGGUGAUUUAGGAUAUCCAGAAUAUUUAACAGCAUUCUUGACUCAAGGCUACGAUCUCUCAACGAUUGCACGGAUUACACCUGAAGAUCUGACAGCACUGGGAAUAACCCAUCCAACUCAUCGAAGAUUUCUUAUCUCUGAAAUUCAUAGGUGGCAUAUAACCGAUACUUGGCCUACACUGGUACCAUCAGGAGAGUUAAGAGAUUGGCUUCCAUUAAUUGGCCUUCCUGAAUAUGUUGCUUUAUUCGAGGAUCAAGGAUAUUGCAGAAUUGGUGAAGUUAAAAAUUUUACAUGGGAAGACUUCGAAGAUAUUGGUAUCAAGAAGCUGGGACAUUUAAAGCGUCUUGGUCUUGCUAUUAAAAAAAUGAAGGACUAUGAAUUUCGUCAAACCCAAUCCAAUAAUAGUCUGCAACAACUCGGAACUUUUGCAGUGCAUCAGAAUAAAAUAGGUUUUCAGGUUUACCCACAAUAUCAGUUAAAUGUAACGAACGAGGCGGUUCCCUACCAUUUGCAAGGAUGUGGUGGACAGUUGCUGGAAGCUGGCUUGAAUAAACAAGAAUCAGAUUCAUCGCAAAUGAAUCUAUGUCGUAUUUCUCGAUUUCUUUCUGAUGAAAGUUUCCAGAAGCAUUCUGUCAUCCAGCCUGUGCUCCCGGCUAAAAUCCUAAGUACCACUGAUAAUUCCAUCAGUUCUGAUUCAGAAGAUUAUCCACCUCCUCCUGCACCCUUAGUAUGUGAGGGGUCCGUCGAGCUUUUGAGAUCGGCAUUUAAUGAAACAACAAUGGCAGCAACAGCUGAAUCAGGCACAACAAACGGAUACAAAUGUAAUGAAGGAUCGGCAAGUACCAGUUUUCCAUGGCCGAAGACACCACGUCUCAGUUACUCAACACCAACCAAUAAUGGUAGUUUAUUGAACGAUAUUGGUUGUAUGCUGCAAAACUUAACGGAUGAGUUGGAUGCCAUGUUGUCACCUUCACAGUCUCCCAGUAGGCAAAUCUCUUUCUAA